GAAACGGCGCGUUGUACUGUACAUGUACAUACUUCGGCUCACAGCCUGCUUUGUUUCAUCCUCCGUUUCGACAGACUCUUGAUGGCUAUACACCUAUUGGUUUCUGGUUACCCAACUGCGAUACACUGAAAAGCGGUACGGUACGUCUUCGGUCGCCCUUCUUCUAACUGUAGCAAAGUAUUUGCUCGAUCAAAUUUUUCGUCGUUUCUUUGAUUCUGCGGUUCUUUUUUGCCGUUGUGUAGAUUUUCUUGCUCAUUUCUUUGAUUCUUUUAUACCUUUCGAUAGAUCUGAAAGAAUUGUGCCUCGUUUCCAUAUCCAUUUUGAUUUCUGAGCCACUGAAUCUUAAAUCCUGAACCCAAAAAUGGCUUCUCCAGCUGCACUCCAAAGAUCUCCGACCUCCACUUCCUCCUCCCCACUCCACCGUCUCUCCACUUUCAAAAACCCUUCUUCUAACACCGCCGCAUCUCCUCCUCCACCAUCUUCUCUCCUAGACUCGUUUGCCAAAGACCCAAUUCUUUCCCCUUUCCUCUCCCCUUCCUUUUCUUCCACCUCCUUUUCCUCCGCCGCCCUUUCCUCUGGAUCCCCUGCUUCCACUGCCGAACACCUCCUCCAAGCCAUCCGCCAACUCGAUUCCCAACUUCGUUCCCACGUCCUCUCCAACCACCCUCUCCUCCUCACUCAGUUAUCUUCUCUGAACAACGCUGAGCUGUCUCUCUCCACUCUCAGAUCCUCCAUCUCCUCUCUACAGUCUUCCCUUCGUCGCGUUCGAUCUGAGCUCUCUGAGCCCCAUAAUUCAAUUCUCUCCAAAACCGUCCAGCUCUCAAAUUUACAUCGGACUUCUGAGCUUCUCUCCCACUCCAUCCGUGCUAUCCGCCUGUCGAAAAAGCUACGUGACCUUAUGGCUUCUUGUGAAGCAGAGCCUGAUAAGUUGGAUCUUGCUAAGGCUGCUCAGUUGCAUAGUGAUAUCUUUAUCUUGUGCGAGGAAUAUGAACUUGGUGGUAUUGAUAUGGUGGAUGAGGAACUUAAUGCGGUUAGAGAGAUAGGGAACAGGUUACGAAGCGAAGCUAUGAAAGUUUUGGAAAGGGGAAUGGAAGGGUUGAAUCAGGCUGAAGUGGGAACUGGGUUGCAAGUGUUUUACAAUCUUGGGGAGUUGAGAGGGACGGUGGAGCAGUUGGUGAAUAAGUACAAGGGAAUGGGUGUGAAGAGUGUGAGUGUGGCCUUGGAUAUGAAGGCGAUUUCUGCUGGUGCUGGAGGUGGGGGAUUUGGUCCUGGAGGUAUUAGGGGGACUGGCACGCCCCAGAUUGGGGGUAGUGGGAAGGCGAGGGAGGCAUUGUGGCAGAGGAUGGGGAGUUGUAUGGAUCAGUUGCAUUCUAUUGUGGUUGCAAUUUGGCACUUGCAGAGGGUUUUGUCGAAGAAGAGAGACCCUUUUACACAUGUCUUGCUGCUUGAUGAAGUCAUUAAGGAGGGUGAUCCCAUGCUGACAGAUCGAGUAUGGGAAGCACUUGUUAAGGCUUUUGCUAUGCAAAUGAAGUCUGCUUUUACUGCAUCAAGUUUUGUCAAAGAGAUAUUCACAAAUGGGUACCCAAAGCUCUUCUCUAUGGUGGAAAACCUUCUUGAAAGAAUUUCACAUGACACUGAUGUCAAGGGAGUCUUACCAGCAGUCACUUCAGAGGGAAAAGAUCAAAUGGUUGCAGCUAUUGAAACAUUUCAGAUGUCUUUCUUAGCUAGCUGCUUAAGCCGCCUGUCAGAUCUUGUAAAUUCUGUUUUUCCAGUCUCCAGCCGUGGUAGUGUUCCCUCCAAAGAACAGAUCUCAAGAAUUCUGUCACGCAUUCAGGAAGAGAUUGAAGCUGUUCAGUUGGAUGCACAAUUGACUCUUCUUGUGCUGCAUGAAAUUAGCAAGGUUUUGCUUCUGAUUGCAGAACGAGCUGAAUAUCAGAUAUCCACUGGUCCUGAAGCACGCCAAGUGUCUGGUCCUGCUACUCCAGCUCAGGUCAAGAAUUUUGCGUUAUGUCAGCAUCUGCAAGAAAUUCAUGCACGCAUAUCUUCUAUGAUCACCGGGCUUCCAACUAUCGCUGCAGAUGUAUUGUCACCUUCACUUGGUGUAAUAUAUGGUGUUGCUUGUGACUCUGUAACAUCAUUAUUCCAAGCAAUGAUUGAUCGUCUCGAGUCAUGUAUCUUGCAAAUUCAUGACCAAAACUUUGCUGCGCUUGGCAUGGAUGCUGCUAUGGACAACACUGCUUCGCCGUACAUGGAGGAGUUGCAGAAGUGCAUUCUUCACUUUCGUAAUGAGUUCCUAUCUAGAAUGUUGCCAUCUACAGCUAAUGCUACAACUGCAGGAAUGGAAACCAUAUGCACUAGGCUUGUUAGGAGCAUGGCUUCACGAGUAUUGAUACUAUUUAUCAGGCAUGCUUCUCUUGUUAGACCUCUUUCAGAAUCAGGCAAGCUGAGAAUGGCCAGAGACAUGGCUGAGCUGGAAUUAGCUGUGGGCCAAAAUUUGUUCCCAGUAGAACAACUUGGUGCUCCAUAUCGAGCUCUUCGAGCAUUCCGACCACUUAUCUUCUUGGAAACAUCUCAACUAGGAGCAUCUCCUCUUCUUCAAGAUUUACCUCCAAGUGUCAUACUACACCAUCUUUAUUCCCGAGGCCCUGAAGAAUUGCAAUCACCACUCCAGAGGAACAAGCUCACACAUAUGCAAUAUUCAUUGUGGCUGGAUUCUCAAGGGGAAGAUCAGAUCUGGAAAGGAAUCAAGGCAACUCUGGAUGACUAUGCUGCAAAGGUUAGGGUGAGAGGAGACAAGGAGUUCAGUCCUGUAUAUCCCCUUAUGCUUCGAUUAGGUUCAUCUUUGACUGAAAGUGCGCCUGCAUCUCAAAAAUCAUGACCAAUAGGCAGCUAUGCUUUGUGUAAAUUAGCAACAGAAAAACAAACCAAAUAGCACUUGCUUUAUUUUUGCCUUUUAGCAAAAUGUUGCACAGGGAACAUUUGAGGAAAAGCUUCAUUAAGUAUUUGCUAGAUCCACAUCAAUCGUAUAGGUUCUUUUCACCUUAAAAUAAUGGGGGUCAAUGGUUAAAUUGAGCUUUGGCAGAUUACAGCGCCAACUUCGGUCACAUGCCCUCUCAACAUAGCAUUAAGGUCUCUGAAUUUUUGUAUUCGCAGGUUUUUUCUGCUUGUUGUGCCCGUUAGUUCUUAUGUAAAAUCAAUUCAUACAUCAUAUGUCAGUUCUUUUUCCCAUUUUUUCUCAUUUCAUUUAUGAAAAACAUAUUGUUAAACUUAGGGUGAUGUACUGAAAUCAGAUGUGCAUCAUCUAAGGAAAUGGAAAAUCUCGGUUACUUGUUUCUGCGUUC